CUUGUGGAUAGUAGUAAUAGUAGCACUUCGAGGAUAGCUUUAAGAUAUGCUUCCUUUUAUAUAUUUUCCUUGGGUUCGCCCAUUGGAGUGAGCCAUCUCCUAUAGUACAGAUUCCUUGUACAGGCACUUCACUAUUGUAGGCACUGUAGCACAGCAGUGAGGUAGCUCGAUGAUGCAGGUUAAUGGUUUUAUGAGUUCCCUAGCCGGGGCAGCGUGGAAGGCCGUGAAGCCUCACAUCCCAAUGAUCAAGUUCCGCAAAGGAGGGCUUACCGAACUUGUUCGUGGUAUCCCUCAACCUGUAGUUUCUGCUGGACCUGUCACAACAGCAACCAGUACUUCUGCACAGUCACCACCAGUGCUAGAGGAGUGGCAGGUACCACUCAAAUUUCGCAGAGAAGCAAUUUCGGAAGAAGAGAUUGAUUAUAUAAAUAGAGGAGGCCCUGCUUAGGAGAGACAAACUUUAUAUAAGAUGUAUGUAUUGUACAUAAAGGCAAAUUCUCUUAAUAUUAAGUCAUGCUGUGUUGCCCUUGAACAUUAAAGAAAUGAAAUAAAAUAUUACAUGUAA